AUGAUUUUGUCGCAAAUUCUUGUGCAAACGGAGGACUAUAAGAGCAAUCUGGUGGACGACCCUAAGAGCGAUCUGGUGGCCGACCCCAAGAGCAACCUGGUUGACGUCCCUAAGAGCGAUCUCAUAAAUUCGUAUGGGAGCUACCUGCUGGUUGUAUGCGACCACAAUAGCUAUCACGAUGCAUUGCAUAUAAAUCACAUUGUUGAAGUCGAAGAAGAGAUCAAGAAAGCAGCAUAA